AUCAUGAAAAGCGUUUCUGUAAGACUAUCUGAUCGCAAUACAUUAUUUUAUCAGGCGCGGACAGAUAGCUAGAUUAAUCAACCAAACGUCAAAUUACCAAACCUCACAGACGCUCUCUUUUAUUGGAUAGUUGUGACACCGGAAGUAAUUUUCUGUGCUAUUUGAUUACGUUAUCAGAACAAUAUGGCCGGACGAUCUAUAAUGCGCCACUGACAGGAGUAACACUGGGACAAGGGUGACACUUUUCACGCUUUUGGAAACAUUUCCAACAGCGCUGUUGGAGUUGUUUUGAAAAGUUAAACAAAAAUCCCAGCUCAGAACCGAAUGCUCCCUAGGAUGCAUUUUCUCACGAGAGCUAAUUUGGCAUUAUUUGGAGUUGGGCGACGUUGCAUUGCUCUAACCUGUACAAAUGGGGCGAGAACCUUAAGCAGGGGAUUCAGUGACUCUGGGGCUGCUAAGCACGGAGAGGAAUCAAACAAAAAGGAAAAUGAACUGUAUGAUAUCAUAAUUUCUGGCGGAGGAAUGGUUGGCACUGCAAUGGCUUGUUCAGUAGGAAUGGAUCCGAAUUUGGAGGGGAAAAAGAUUCUUCUCCUUGAAGCAGGCAACAAGAAAACGAUGGAGAAGGUUCCCGAGGCCUAUGGCACCAGAGUCAGUUCCAUCAACCCAGGCUCUGCAACUCUUCUCAGUGGUAUCGGAGCAUGGGAUCACAUUGUUAACAUGAGGUGCAAGCCCUAUCAGAGGAUGCAGGUGUGGGAUGCCUGCUCAGACGCUCUGAUUACGUUCGAUAAGGAGAACCUGGAGGAUGAGAUGGCUUACAUUGUGGAGAACGACGUCAUCGUGGCCGCCCUGACGAAGCAGCUCGAAUCUCUCACCGAUCACGUGGAGGUCAAGUACAGGACGAAGGUGGUGAAGUAUACCUGGCCCAAGUCCUAUCAGGUGGCGGACUCCAUCCCCUGGGUGCAGGUGAAGCUGGCGGACGGGCAGACGCUGCAGACCAGGCUGCUGAUCGGGGCCGAUGGGCCAAACUCGAUGGUGAGACAGGAGGCGGGAAUACCCACAGUGAAGUGGAACUACGACCAGUCUGCCGUGGUGGCAGUGCUGCACCUCUCUGAACCCACAGAAAACAAUGUGGCAUGGCAGAGAUUCCUUCCAACUGGCCCCAUUGCGAUGCUUCCGCUGUCCGACACGGCCAGCUCCCUGGUGUGGUCCACCAGCCACCAGCACGCGGAGGAGCUGCUGCAGUUGGACGAGGAGAGCUUCGUGGACGCCAUCAACUCCGCCUUCUGGAGCAGUGACAAUCACUCAGAGCUGAUAGAGACAGCCGGGUCACUGUUCCGUACGGCGUUGUCCUUCCUGAUGCCCUCCGGGACGUCCACACGCCAGCUGCCCCCCAGCGUGGCGGGGAUCGGGCCGAAGAGCCGAGUCAUGUUCCCCCUCGGCAUGGGCCACGCCUCGGAGUACAUCAGGCACAGGGUAGCCCUGAUUGGGGAUGCCGCCCACCGAGUGCACCCAUUGGCUGGCCAGGGAGCGAAUCUGGGAUUUGGGGAUGUGGUCUGCCUCACUCAGGUCCUGAGCCAAGCAGCCUUUAACGGGCAAGACCUUGGAGCCAUGCAGCACCUCCUUGAGUACGAGACGCAGCGCCAGAGGCACAACCUUCCCAUGAUGGCCGCCAUCGACCUUAUGAAGCGCCUGUACUCCACCAACGCGGCCCCAGUGGUGCUGCUGAGGACUCUCGGCCUGCAGGCGACCAAUGCCGUGCCUCCUGUCAAAGAGCAGAUCAUGGCGUUUGCAAGCAAGUGAGAGUCUGGCUGUGGAGUGACGCAUGUGGGAGAACUGGGAGGAGCCGCUACCAUAUUGGUGUGAUGUAAAAGUGUAAAUGAAUAAAGUUAUAUUUUAAUCUCUGUUUGCUCCAUUUCAGACAUUGUCUGGUUUCCUUGUGGUGUCCAUGCGCUCACUGUCUAGGAACACCUUCUUUAGACUUUGCAACGAACAUAUGAUUCCUAAGUUAUAACCCUCGUUUUGAAAAGUUUUUUUUUUUCCUGAAAAGCCCAUUUGUACAAAGGUACUCAUCCCAUACUAUGGGAUGCUGUAAGGAGAAAGUGCAAAUUGUCAUCCAUUCUUUUUUAGCUUCUGCUCCAUUGAUCCAUCUGGCUGUCUUUCCUUUUAAUCUAAUUUGAUCCCAAUUGUAACUGCAUUCAGUGGGGUAUGUUGUAAUAAUAUGAUUAUUUAAAUAAUUAAAUAUUGUUAAAUGAUUGGUUUAAAGCCAAAUAAUUGGCUUUAGCUUUGGGCAUCUGUGUUACGCAAGCCUUUUCUCCCACCAGGAUGCACAACUUCUGUGUUGCACUUAAAGGUUCUACCUUCUAUGUGUAGCAUUUUUAUAAAAUGUAAAUUCAUUACAGAAAGCAGGAAUGCAGCACAGCCAUGCAGAGAUGCAGUGGGUGUGAGGACUUAUAAUGCCUGAAGUUCAGAGGCUUGUAUGCUUCUAUUUAUUUAUUUAUUUUUAAUUUCCACCUUUUUGACAUUUGUUCAUGGAUCGGCCAAGACGUUGAAUGUGUUUCAUGUGACGAGUUGUAUUUUUCUAAACUAAACAAGUUGAAUGUGUAAACUUUCAGAAACCUCCUGCCUCUAAAAUACACAUUUUGUGAAACUGCAGUUAUCAAACUGCUGAUUGGAAGUUUCCCCAUGCAUGGAGCAUAUUGCCCCACCCAGCCAGUUCUACAUGAAAUACGGUAGUUCUCAUGUGCACUUCUUAAGUGUAAUAAAACACUUAAAAACAGCGCAUGAGCAUGUACAACAUCAAAACAGCCAAGGUUCACUCAUACUUGAGUAACUUUUUUCCCUUGUUGGUGUAGUUGUUAAUGUUGGGCUGAAACUGUUUGGCCAGACAUUUUAUUUUAUAUAUGAUACAAAGUAUGAGUGUUCGCCAAAUGUGAUCACACAUAAGCUUAAGCCAAAAUGUAUCCUGUGGGACUGAUUUCCCAUCUGGUACAGUUUUUUGCUUUGUUGUGAAUUUGCUGAACUUCUUACUGCCCAGUUAGAGGUAAGGUGAGGAGAGACCUGAGAAUUUAUCAGACUGUUAAAAUGGUGAAAGUUGUUGUGACAGUUUUUUUCCUUGAGCAAAUAAAAAACACAAAUGUUUGU